AUUUGCGAACUAAGCGCAAUUGCCUCGCAGUUGAGAAGCUAUGAAAACGACAUGGCGCGCUUUGGCAAAAGCAGUCCCACUCCUGUUUAAAUUAUCUUUAGGGAAGAGCACUUGCAAUUGCCUAAUUAAUCACCUAUUCGGCUGUCCGGAUGCUGAGCAAAUACCUUUUACAAAACCAAAGCAAUGUUUUCAGGUUCAUCGUUGCGCAGCCAAAACAACCUGAAAAAUGACAAGAAGGAGCACAGCAAUCCCUAUGUUCAUCGGCCUUUUCACUAUAUUCUUCUGUUUAGUUCCAUUUGGUUCUAAGCCACGUCCAAAACCCGAAACUCAUCUAGUAGACCGGACAAGAAGACAGACAUCUCGAGGCAAUUAUUCCUAGGAAGACAAAAACCACCCUCCUGUCCUGAUGCCAAUAUUCGACUAAGCAAUGAAGUAUCCUCUGAGCUCGGCAUGAGUUAUCCGAAUUCAACCUAUAGUUUGUGUCCCGAUAUUUCUUAAUCUUGUCAUCCUAAGUCCACCUGCCUUGGCGGUUCCGGUCCGCGCAGUAUAAAUGUUAGGAAGCUGUUUUUGAGAGCUCUUCUUGUCUGUCCUUUGGACUCGUGAAGAGAAAGCGAUGUCGUCGGAGUCUCAAAGGGUGUUGGUGGUCGAAGAUGCCUGGUGCAGGAUUAGCCUGGGUGCGAUCAAAUGCAGUCUUCAGAGAUUUCCGCUUCACCCUGGAGAUAAGAUUUUGCUCCUAGCGGUUCUCCGAAAAGUUUACCACCCAUUGGGUUACCAGAUCAAAGCGGAUUCAAGUGCAUGGAUGGGAUCGAGCCAGAAAUUUGUUCAGAAACAAGUGGAACGGAGGAAGGAAGAAUACACUCAUGCUGAUGAGGCUAUGGAAGUUUCCAAGCAAUGCGAGUCUAUGAAGAUUGAGUUGGACAUAGAUGUCCGUGGAGAAGUCUCCCUAAAGGAAGCUGUCCUAAAAGCUGCUGGAACUUUUAAGCCAACAUGGGUGAUACUAGACGGGAAAAUGAAAAAAGACACGGACUAUCUCAUUGCAGGACUCUCAUGCGGGGUUUCGAUAGUGAAACAAAACAACACCUUGGGAAAGUUGAGAGCGCCAAAAACUCAAAAUCCUCAGAAACGGCACAUAAACAUUUCAGGCGACUUGAUAGGAGGAGAUGAAGUUAAACAGACAGAAAAACAGAGUCCUCAGAAACAACAAACACACGACUCGAGUGAUUUGCCCGGCGGCAUCGAACAGGAGCCAGAGAUAAGAAAUUACAUUUGUUCAAUCUGCAGUAACAGACGUCCAAAGAACGGAUGGAAGAGAGAGUUCACUCAUGCAGAGCUUCAUGCUGCUACUGAUGGAUUUUCCACUAACAACUACCAAUCAGAAAAUUGGUUCGAAGUAGUCUUCAGGGGAGAGAUGAAUGGACUGAAGAUUACUGUUAAGCAGCAGAAAAGUGCGAGCUUUCAGGGAGAUGAUAAGGAAUUCCAAUCCGCAGUUCACAUGCUCAGUGAAGUUAGACACGAACAUUUGGUCACCUUAUUGGGUUCCUGUUCAGACGGAAACCACAGGUUGCUUGUUUAUGAAUUUGUGUGCAACGGUUCGUUGGACCAACAUCUGUCAAGUAAAAACCACAGAGUUCCUGGUAAAAUGCUCACAUGGGAUCAAAGGAUAAAAAUUGCCAUGGGAGCUGCCAAGGGCUUAAAGUAUCUGCAUGACAACAACAUUGUUCACCGAAAUUUGAGAUCCAACAACAUCCUCUUAACUCAUGAUUACAAACCUCUGCUUGGAGAUUUUGGGCUGGAAAUGACUCUACGUGAAGACUCUGAUCUCUCAUCUGAGACGAGAAUUGCAACUAUACCAUACUUGGCUCCAGAAUAUGCAGAUUCUGGUGAAGUGUCUCAAAAGACCGACUGUUAUUCCUUUGGUGUUAUACUGUUACAGCUGAUAACUGGAUUGAGGAGCACAGAUCCAUCAUUUGGCAAUCGUAGCAUUGUAGGAUGGGCAAGGCAAUUGCUAAGAGAAAAAAACUACCCAGAAUUGAUUGAACACAGCCUGACCGACUCUUACGAUGUCCACCAACUCGCUUGGGUGAUUCGAGUUGCAGUUAAGUGCCUGAAAAAGGACCCCAACAGGAGAAUAUCUAUGGACCAGGUAAUUCAUGCAUUAAGUUACAUAGUAGAAGGAAAAACUCUUCCAGUUAUGAGGGAGCGACCCCGACCGGAACCAAAUGAGCCCUCCGCUGUUUCACCGCACAACUAUGAAAGCUUCAUGCAACAACCAUCAUCCCCAGGUGGAAUGGAUGAUCUGACAACAGGAUUGGUACCAUCAAUUACUGCAAAAGAAUACUACAGGACCACAAUUGCCAUUUAAUUGUACCUUAGAGAUUCUCAGCUGUUGAGAUACUCAAAAUAAGAGUACGUCCUUACCAGAAAUUGUUUUGAUGAUACAUUGCUUUACUAUUGCUUCCCAAAGAUCAGCUCCAAUGACGUUUUCCACGUCCACACAUAAAAGCAAUCGUCCCCGACGAAAACAAAAUCUGUACAACGAACAAUGAUGAAG